UCUUUUGCUGCUUGCUACUGUUUGUUGGUCGUUUGCUACAGUUUGAAAUUGAAACUCUGCGAGUAAGUAAAUUUUACCGCGCGUAAAAUUCUGAUUCAACAACGACUAUACUCGCAAACAUUCAAGCAAAUCUAGGAAAAACAAAUAUAAAGGGGCGGAAAAAUAAAAGAAAGACAAGCAAAGUUUUCAGCGAGCCGCUUUUCAAAAAGGAGGCAAGGUAAACAAAUAGCUUAAAAACAUGUGAGAGCGUUUUGCAUUUGUUCAGAUACGAAGUAAAGAGGUUACAAAAAGCAGAUAAUCGAUAAAAAACAACCCAACUAUAGAUACCACAAAAUCAACGACAACGUGGAAUAUAAAAUAAAGUAAAAAAAAAAUCGCAAUAAAAACCAAUCGACAAAGGAAUCAAAAUAAUAAUCUAACAAAAAUUGAACUAAAACAAAAGGUAAACGUUCAAAAUACUAACAGCGCCAUUUAUGCACAUAUGUAUGUACAUAGAUAAUCAAGUAUCUGAACGCGUACAACUCGGCAGCUUCACAUCGUCUUCAAACUGCGCCCCUCCGUAAGCGAAGCAAUACACCCGGUGGCCUUGCUCCAUUGCACCAAACGCACAGAACACAACCAUUUUUCAAUUCGGUUAAGAAACAAACUUUCAAUCGACAGAUCAAAUCGAUGAUUAUAUUUGUUCAUUUGAAGGAAUUGGUGAUUUAACAAUGGACUCAUUAGCAAUGUUCAUAUUUAUUUGGGCCGUAUUGGCCCUCUUCUUAGUAUGGCUGUGUAAAUUUUUAUAUAAUAAAUAUAUGUUAAAUAAUAAUAAUGGCAAAACGCCGACAAGUCAGAGUAAUAGUCGACAGACUAGUGUGGCACCCGGCGCAGCCAGUGCAACGAAAGCCGAAGCGAACAAACGACUAUCCGAACCGAGAGAAUUGAUUGCAAGCAAAGCGGAUUUUAAGGACUUAGCGGCCAAAUCAGGUGGCGCACGCGGUCGCACGCCCGUUGGUGGCGCUGGUGGCGGCGGCGGUACCGGAAUUGGCGCUGGUGGUGCACGCCGACGAAUGGUGCGACAGGGCUCAACUGGGCCGGAGAGUCGCAAGAAACGAUAUGUGCCGCCACCGUCCAAUGUUGUUGGACCCGAAACAACUUCUGUGACUUGGACCAGCCAAGUGUUCCGUUGGCUUUACAGCGAUCUGGUGAUUGUCAACGAAUUAUUAACCUCAUGGGUUAUAGCCUUAAAUGAGACACUCAAGAAAUCAAUGGAAGAGCAUGGGAUUGCCGUUGAGAUAGUGCGCGUACUGCCCGAUAGUCCACCACCAAGCCUAAAUAAUAUUUUCUGCAACUGUGACGAAAGUAAUCCAUCUAAUAUGCUGAUUACCUUCGAUUGCGACGCACAACCAGUGUUGCAGGUGAAGACGUUCCGCCAAAAGGCCGGCAAGGUGGACACUUCCCACUAUAAAGUUACCGUCUCACGCUUCCGUGCACGCAUGGCCACCGCCAUUAGUUACAACAGCCUCAAGGGCGAGAUGAAAGUAGACGGUUAUCCAGAUAUACGUGUUGCCAUGAACAGUGUAGGGGCCAUUAAACCAAUGGACCAGGAUGAACAGCAGGUGCAGGGAGUGAUUAGCGACAUCAUAACAGCCACUCUACGUGACACCGUCUACCCGGUGGACUUUUCGGUUUACGCGACCUGCCCACGAGCCGAAAUCGAUCCAUUAGAUAUGCCUGUAAUAUAUCCAGUGAAUUAUGAUGCAAUAGCGCAAAACAUGGAGGACCCUACUUUGUCGGGUCUGCAACCGAUGAUCUCUGGGCGCCGUCUGCUGGUGAAAAUCGUGAAAGGUGAUGGUCUGGGAGACGCUAAGGACCCCUAUGUCGUGGUGGAGAUGGAUGAACCGGCCCAAAAGAAUCAGACCGGGGCACGACAAGGUGCCACACCUUAUUGGGACGAACAUUUCCUAUUUGAACUCUCACCCCAGUCGGCUGAGAUUUUAUUCGAAGUUUACGAUCGCCCAGCCAACGCCAAUGAUCCAGCGAAAUUUCUCGGUUUGGGUUUGGUGGGUAUUGAUGAAUUGGCCGUUGGGCCUGCAUCCACCCAAGUGCUGACACUACAGCCGCGUCCAUAUGAGACGCAUCCGGUGAGCGGCACCAUCACUGUGGACUUUGUGUUCAUUGAAGGUGCCGAAAUACCCGCUGGACCUAAACCGUAUAAACUGAAGGAGGCGUUGAGGAUUAGCACGCCUAUGAUUAACGAGCACAUGAAGAAUGGCGCCGAUUUAGCCGAUGCUGCUGUUCGCGCUUUACAAGAUGGCGCACUCUCCACCACGGGACAGCCCAGCAAGAGCACGCUGAUCAUACAUAGCGUUCAGCGGAACCAAAACAAUUCAAAUGCAUUUAAGGUUGAGGUGAACAAAGAGGGUAGAAUCGAAGUCAAGGAGACGCCACAAGAUGAGUUCGACGGCGGUAUGCCACCAUCCGCUGGAACGCCCUUAAACGAUAAUACCAGCGAAUCUCUGCCCACCGCUAAUACUACAGCGGACAUCGAACAGAUCCAGCAGGAUAUUUCGGCGACGACAGACAUAACGGCAAGCCCCACAGACUCAUAUCCCCCAAACGAUGUAUCCUUGGACGAAUCGGGUGUGGCUUCAGGUAACAGCAGCGCCUUGGUUGCAUCCAGCGGCGAGUUUGGCCAGCCAAAUGCCGCCUCCUCACCGCAGGGUCACAACGGGUACUCUCCUUACACAACUACAAACGGUUCGCAAACUCAUGGUUACCAAAGUAAUAGUUUGCCACGCAAUGGCGGCGCCUCAAGCACACCACUGAACACCACGGCUGCUGAUUUGGACGAGAGAGGACGGAGUAAGAAACGAAAUUUCUUUGGAACUUUAAAAAAACGUUUAAGUCGAUCCAAGACACGCACCCAUUCGGCUGAUCGUGGCGCUUUAACGCCGUCCCACAAUAAUAACGGUACUACCCCAACAGGAACACUUAACGGUGAUUCACGUUCAUUAUCUGUCGAUCGUGCUGUUAUGUCUAAAAGCAAUUCACUUGGCGUGCGCUCUGGCUCCUCACGACUUGAUCACUCAAGACAAUCUUCAAUUUCAGAAUCGUCCGCAAUCUCAGGUUUCUCGUCGGCCAGCAACAAAACGUACGUACAUGAAGCAUCCACACUGGUGCUGGAGACAAUUGAGAAUGGUGUAAAGCGACACUUUAUUGUACCGCUAGCAAUCGCACAACGCCCAAGAUGGCGUCGCAAAGGCACAAAAUUGCACAUCUACAAUGAUCACACCUUUAUCGCCAAGCAUUUGAGCGGUGGUGGCCUACAAUGUCAGGUCUGCAUGAAGUCCAUACCACGGCGACCGGGCAAGCAGGGCUACGAAUGUCGGGACUGCAAUUUGAUCUGCCACAAGCAAUGUCACGUACGCGCCCCACAAGCAUGUCCGAAUCCUACAGUGCUUUCAAUGGAAUUAUCGAAACUUAAUUCUGCCGCUGCUGAUCGGAGCAUAAGAAAAUUAUGAAAGCGUUAUUAACGGUAACGACCGCAUACAAUCAUCUUUCGUUACAAAUGCCGUGGCGACAACGAGCAGGCGAGAAGUGUAGUGACGGUAGCAAAGGUGGCAACCCUUGCGUAGCACUGCUAGGAAAUUUGCACAAUGCUUACUGAACCCGGCAUUUUCUUUCACGUUUAUUAUUUACUAUAAAUUUUACGAAGUUUUUUCACAAAAAUUUCGAAUACUCGCACACAACCAAUUCUGUACAUUUUCUAAAAAUGCUAAAACCGACACUUUCAACUCUUAAGGGGGAAUUCAUCCGAACGCUCAAGCAUUUGUAAGUUUAGACGAAAGCCCCCAGUAUUCGAAUGUAUUCUACGAUUUGCGUUUAUUUUUUAAUUUUUACAUUACCUUGUUAAAUUGUUUUAUAGUUUUAUAGUUUUAAUUGUAAAUGUAUUCCUUUAAAAACUACGACUUGUAUAAAAACUAAUAAUUUUUCAGUAUCACAUCUUAGCAUGUUAUUCUUAAAAGUUCUCGAAUGUAAUCUUUACUACAAAUAUUUCCCCUUAUUAAAUGUGCAAUAUAUACUAUGACUUUUUUAAAUUACCAUACUAUAAAAAUGUAUUUUCGAUAUAUUAAGUUUUUUAUUUAUUCUGAAAAACUGUAUGAAAAAUAGUUUACGAGCUAAGAUUGGAAAAAGAAAGCAAAUGUACACAUUAUUUACACACUAAAGAAACACAGUACGAAAACGCAGAAAUAUGUUCAAAAUCCGUAUUGAAAUUUAACGAAAACUAGGAAAAUAAAUAAAAAAUGGUGGAUUUUUAAGUAAAACUACAAAA